AUAUAAGCCACUUGGGACAAGGUUAUACCUUAAUUUUUAUCCUGCCUGGUAAAAGGAGUUUUACUUGGUCUUUGGAUUAGUAUUUCGCCACUUCGUAUUUCGGACAGUAUGGAAAGUAACAGGCAAAUGAAAUUUCACAUGCUUGAAUUAGCCCUGGUUUUAUUUUUCAUGAAGGCUUGCGCCUCAGAAACCUUUCCAAAAGUACAGAACGUAACCUGGUCCUCUAUCAAUUUUAAAUCUAUAUUAACAUGGAGUCCAGAACCAACGAAUUAUUCCUACACUGUUGAAUUUUCAGAACUCGGCCAGAACAGAGACCGAACGCCACACUGUAUAAGGACGAUGGCAACUGAAUGCGACCUGACUGCAGGGUUAAAAAACCUGAAGGCCCAUUACAGCGCUGACAUCCUGUCUGAACCCAUGCGGGGCGUCUCCUCCGAUCUGGUUGAGUUCCCUCAUGUCAGAUCGGAGAAAUUCUCCCCUUACUAUGACACUGCCAUUGGCAGACCAGAGUUUAAAAUAGAAGUAAGCAGCGACAAAAGGAAGACGACGCUGCACGUAACGGACAUCCCCACGGCUCUCUUUAAUGAGGAUAAAAAGAGGCUGAAUAUUCGGGAUGUUUUCGGAGACAACCUGCAGUAUAAGGUUACCUACAGGAAAGCCAAGAGCACAGGAAAGAAAGAGAAGAUCAGUAAAAGCAGCAUCAUUGAGCUGACGGAUUUGGACCGAGGCGAGAGUUACUGUUUUUAUGUUCAGGUUUUCCUACCCUUCCGUGCUCUAGACAAACAACACGGGGAGAUCAGCAACAUCCAAUGCUCUCCAGAAGAAAGCCCAUCUAUCUUUGAAGAGUACGGUGUGGGUGUCAUAGUCGGAGCCAUUGUUAUUAUCAUUUUGGCAAUAACAGCAAUCAUUAUUGUCAUCGUGAUGUGCUGCAGACGAAGAAAGAGAGCGGAAAACACAGGAAAAGAAGGAUUACCAUUGAAUGUUGCGUGAAGAGUGUGGAUGCUGUGUUUGGUAGAUCUAAAUUAGACUCUCCCUUAGGGAGGAUGGCAUCCUGUUCCACUAUAAAACAGUGGGAAAAUU